AUGGCACAGCACAGACACAUCGUGCAGGUAAGAGUUCUCCAUGUGAGCAGUGUACCCUUUCUCUCAGAUGACGCCUAUGCAACAGCAUGCCAGCACCCCUGGGAAGACGCCACGUGUGAUGGCACAGCACAGACACAUCGUGCAGGCAACGAGCACACCUCGGUCAGCUACGCCGGUAGCAAGUGUGCCAACAAAAUCCCCAAGGAAGCGCUUGAGGAUGACGCCUAUGCAACAGCAUGCCAGCACCCCUGGAAAGACGCCGCGUGUCAUGGCACAGCACAGGCACAUCGAGCAGGCAACGAGCACACCUCGGUCAGCUACACCGGUAGCAAGUGUGCCAACAAAAUCCCCAAGGAAGCGCUUGAGGAUGACGCCUAUGCAACAGCAUGCCAGCACCCCUGGGAAGACGCCACGUGUGAUGGCACAGCACAGGCACAUCGAGCAGGCAACGAGCACACCUCGGUCAGCUACACCGGUAGCAAGUGUGCCAACAAAAUCCCCAAGGAAGCGCUUGAGGAUGACGCCUAUGCAACAGCAUGCCAGCACCCCUGGGAAGACGCCACGUGUGAUGGCACAGCACAGGCACAUCGAGCAGGCAACGAGCACACCUCGGUCAGCUACACCGGUAGCAAGUGUGCCAACAAAAUCCCCAAGGAAGCGCUUGAGGAUGACGCCUAUGCAACAGCAUGCCAGCACCACUGGGAAGACGCCGCGUGUCAUGGCACAGCACAGACACAUCGUGCAGGCAACGAGCACACCUCGGUCAGCUACACCGGAAGCAAGUGUGCCAAUAAAAUCCCCGAGGAGGCGCUUGAGGAUGACGCCUAUGCAACAACAUGCCAGCUCCCCUGGGAAGACGCCGCGAGUCAUGGCACAGCACAGGCACAUCGCACAGGCAGCAAGGUCUCCCCAGCACCCGAGACAGUCUCACGAUCACAAGUAUGUCGCCUUGAGGUCUCCAAGAACAGUGUUCCUGGACACAAGCAAGAGACUGUCGAAGACAAAAAAUAGACUGAAACAGACAAAACAUCAGCUUAAAAAGAAAAGAGAGAAAGUGUCUACCCUCAAAGGACUUAUUGCCGAGAUCAAA